UUUUGGCUUGUCACACUCCUUGGUAGGAAGACAACUCGUAAACAGCAUGGCUUUCAUUCGAGUCGUGAGCUUCGUCCUGUUGGUGGGUUUGGCCGCGGCGUGUCAACCACGUUGCCCCAAGUGUCCACCGAUGUGGACUUUCUACAAUGGCAACUGCUACCGUUUCUUCGGCACUGGCAAGACCUACGAUGAAGCUGAGAAGCACUGCCAGCAGUUCACUCAAGUCGGCCAGGGUCACCUGACGUCCAUAGGCAGCGCUGAGGAGAAUAAUCUGCUCCUCACUAUGUAUACAUCGGCAGGUGGGACAGACCUGUGGAUCGGCUUCGAUGACCAGGCAGAGGAAGGGAACUUCGUCUGGACAGAUGGAUCAGCGGGCAGCUACACCGGAUGGCGCAGUGGCGAACCCAACAACUCCGGUAAUGAGCAUUGUGCCAACUUGCCGAAAAGUUGGGAUGGCGAAUGGAAUGACACCAAAUGCGGCACUCCUCGUCAAUACAUUUGCAAAAUGACCACUACAAAGUAAAUCGACCCAGCACUGGAUGACAACGGAGAUGCGUAAGAACAAAUUUCCAACAUCAAACCCGAAGCCCUUUACAACGAUGCCAAGUCGACGUCAUCGGCUAUGAUCACCAAACAUUCCUCCCAAACGGACACUCACAAACAGUAUCAGUCAGAACUAAACGGUUGAAUUUCAUUGUGUAGACUGCUGGCCGGCUGCACGGUGAAAAAAAAUCGUUUCCAUAACCCACUUCGCAUCUUCGUGGCUUCAACGUUGACGAACCUGCUGCAUGCUUUAAAUUUGAACAUUUAGUUUAUAGCUUUUGCUCGUUUCAUCAGGUGUCCAGCUUAAGAAUGAUGGGAAUCCGGAAAAUGAUCAGAAUCAUCGGUGAACUAAUUUGCUGAUUAGACAAACAGUAUCACUUUAAAACUAAACGGUUAAAUGUUCAUUAUGUAGACUGCUGGUCGGCUACACGGUGAAAAGGAAAUCGUUUGCACUUCGCAUAAUCAUGGCUUAAACGUUUAAGAACCUGCGUACUUUCAAAUUUAACAUCUUGUAAUUUGGUUUUAACCAAGUUUCCAGUAUAAUAGUGAGACAAAUUUCAGUAAAUACUACAAUCAUUGGUGAAUUAACCUGCUGGUUUAGGCCUACGCUUAAGCCGCACUCGUAUCUCAAAGCAAUUAGGAACCAACGAACUGAGUAACUUGGGAAUGUUUCUCAGAGCUGAUAUGUACAACAAUUGUUUUAUUUUAAAUUCCGAUUCCUCAUAUUAGAGGCUUUAACAUCAUUGCUUCAAAUUACUGGACACCUUAUUUGAAUUUUUAAUUCAUUUACUCUUGGAUUCUCCUACAAUUUAUUUUGUCGUUUAAUGUUCAAUUUCUUGUUCAAUUUUGUUUUUGACAUUUAUUUUUUGGACGUUUAAAGUUCAAUUUCUUGUUAUUUUUUUAUGUAUUGGUAGAGGAUAUUUGUUGGUCAAUUCCGCCGUUCAGGUGGGAUAAAACAAUCAAUACAAAAAAGAUUACGUUAGUGAACAGAAAACAACCCCGGAUUGAUUUUACUUUAUGCAGACCACACCAUAUAAACUCAGUUCAUUCUAGAAUAAUUUGCAACGAAAAACAUUAGAACCAAUGCCGAUUUUCAUUGCUGAACCUACCCACCGACAAAUUACCACUGAGAUGAUGACGGUCAUGUUGAAGUGAUUUCCUUAAGAUUUGAGAUUCUAAACUUUACUCGUCAUAAUUAUCCAAGAUUGAAGGUCUCAAAAUUGUUCCAACGUGUUUUAACUUAGUUUGUUUUUGUAUUCUUUUUCCUUUUCUUAAAUAUGUCUAUUUUAUUAUUGCCAUUUUGUUGUUAUCUUGCAAGAUCGAUUUUAUUUUACUCCUUACUAAUCGUAGAUUAAAAAUGUUGCAUGAUA